UUCCAACUCCCAAAGUGUUACGUGUCCCCCUUCAUGCCAUUCCACGUGUCGUCACCUCUCCUCUCUUCUCCUCACUGACUCACUCAUUUGCUCCGAAAGGCUUCCAUCUUCAAGCCCCUGUUGGGGAAAACCCAGAAUCAUCAUCAGAACUCACAAGUGUUGCCUACACUUCUCUUACAUGCAAUGAAACUGUUUCUCAUGGAAGGAAGCUAUCUUCUCCAACUGCAAUAUCCCUUUUGUGCAGGAUAUAGGAGACGUACACUUAACAAUCAAACCUUUGUUCAAAUGGUGGAUAUGUAGUUUGUGCGAAUGUACAUUUAGUUUGUGGGGAUGCACUAGUUUGCUGUGUACCGAUGGAUAUGAUGGCAUUGUUUCAUGAAUUAGUGGGUACUAUAAUAAUCUUGAUGACAAAGCCGUUCUCAUUGGUUAAACUAUCGUGUAUCUUUGCCAUGAGAAGCUUCUGCAUUGUUGUUUACACCUGGGUCGAGGUGCUGAGAACUUCUAUCAGCGUUCAUUUAAAUAUACUGUGGAGCGUUAUGUUUUGGACCUUCACUUUUAUAUCUCUUCCUGUAAGAGUUUUGACUGCACUACAGAGGGAGAGGCUGCUGCAAAUGCGUCUUCAUGAGCUGCAGAUUGAGCUGGAGAAUCUUGUGUGGAACAGGAAGGAACUUGAAGAACGUCUGCAAAUGGCCAUUAAAGAAUGUAGAAUGAUGGAGGCAAUGUUAACAGAACUUGAAGAUGAUCAUGAUCAGGCUAUUGUCAAAAUUGAACUAUUGGAGAGUGAGUUGCAGGACGUGAUCAAAGAAAAUCUUCGGCUGAAGGAGAUACAGGGUAAAAGACUACGGAGUUUUCAAAGUCAAGUUGAUGCAGGCAAAGGCAAUAACCGCAACAAUGAAGUUACUGAUAGGUACGGUUCCUAUGGGAUGCCAUCAUGGAAAUCUAGUUUUGAUGGGAGUGGUGUUAUCCUUGAAGACCUCCUGAUCCACAAAGACGCUUGGGAGGAAGAGAGAGAACACAAAGCCGACUCGCUCGAUUUCAUGAGAACUGAAUUGAAAGUCAGUGGGCCUAGCCAUGCAGUUCCGCCUGGUAUUAGUCUCUCUAGAAAUCUGAACAUGAAUGAAGUCCUUGGUAAACGAAGAGAGGUAGCACUUUCACAGAGCUUUUUCAGUGCGGUUUUGUCUCUGUUAGUAGGAAUGAUCAUCUGGGAGGCUGAAGACCCUUGCAUGCCGCUUGUAGUAGCUCUCUUUACUGUGGUUGCCAUGUCGUUGAAGAGCGUUGUACAAUUCUUCUGUACCAUUAAGAAUAAACUUGCAUCCGAUGCAGUUGCUCUUUUAAGCUUCAAUUGGUUUAUGCUUGGCACACUUGCAUACCCUAUGCUGCCAAAAAUUGCUUGUAUGUUGACUCCCACAGCCUUGAGCUUCUUGGAGUGGACAGCAACCUCGCUUGGUUUUACUUUCUGAAGUCACCUAGUUUUUGGAAUAUCAUAUACAACCAUGAGUUCUGUUUGUUUCUUAAAUUAUCUUUAUCGCUUGUAUAGUAACGAUCUAACUGACCUUGAUUUCCUUUUUCUCAAGUUCUGUCAAGUUCUUAAGGUUUUUCUUUGUUUGAAAUAGGCAAAUACUAUAUUGUUAAUCAAUUAUGUUUUCUUCUUGGAUUAUCUA